CACAAUGACCGAUAGAAAAGCUGUAAUUAAGAAUGCGGACAUGUCCGAAGAUAUGCAACAGGAUGCUGUUGACUGCAGUACACAAGCUCUGGAAAAAUAUAACAUAGAAAAGGACAUUGCCGCCUACAUCAAGAAAGAGUUUGACAAAAAGUACAAUCCCACCUGGCAUUGCAUUGUGGGAAGGAACUUUGGAAGCUACGUCACUCAUGAAACCAAACACUUCAUCUACUUCUACCUCGGACAAGUAGCAAUUCUCCUAUUCAAGUCUGGUUGAUCCUGUUAUUUAAGAUUAUGUUGGAACAUGUCAAAACGAGCUUGGACCAUAAACCACGAUCAGUUGGAUUAAUCAAUAUACCUAUAACAUUUGAAGGCUUGAAAGUAUUGGCGAUUAGAACACGCAUGAUUAAAUAAUUUUAUUAACUGAAUGACCUCUUUACCUGAUCUGAUACAAUGAUAUUUAAGUAAUAAAUCUGUGUUUCACACAAUCUUUAAAAAGCCGUUGUUUGUAUUGUCCUCCGUUGUUUGUGUAGCCUUGGAGUUUUGUAGCCUUGGAGAUAUGCUGGCAUAUCGAUAUUCUUGAAAUAUGCACUUUAUUUAUUAUAAAUGUGAAAUUAUA